UUUAAAAAUUUGGUGCUGUAAAGAUUUUACAAAAUAUGUCAUUCUUUAAUACGGAGGUGCAUCCCCAAGAAAAACCUUAUUCCCAACAUCCGUGGGAAAGAACUGUGAAAGAUAUUUAUUCAAAUAAAAUCAAAUAUGCCCACAACUCAACAAACAAUCCACUAUAUCCGAAACCGAAAACCAAAAUAAUAAAAACGGAUCGUGUUAAAUUUACCAUUAUUGGCAAUAGAGUUACAAAAGAAUUUAACUAUUGCGUUCACUUAUUAAAAGGACUACAUAAAUAUCAAUGGAAACAUUUUGAUUCUCCAAUAGUCAGAGGUGUAACUAGUCUCGAAUGGCCUACUGUAUGGAAGGACUUAAAAGUUACGCAUGGCGGAUUAGCAUAUUGUCUGAAAUCCCAGGUCGCUGUGCUAAUCAAUGACAAGUUUCUCGGUGGAGAAAAAGAAUUAAAAGAACUUAUUGAUAAAAAAUAUGUUUAUCACUUUAACUUGGACUAUUACAAUGAAGGCGUGACACAAUUCGCCAGAUUUAUAAGAUCGUCUAGUAGACCAUGUGCCUACAUGCAUAUUUCGAUAAAUGAUGAACCUAUUGGUACAAUGAUAUUUAUGCUGUAUGCGGAUAUAGUGCCUUAUACUUGUGAGAAUUUCUUACGCCUUUGCAAACAAAAGAGAGGUGGAUACGGCGGUACCCCCGUACAUCGUAUUGUGAAGGACUGUUGGAUACAAUGUGGAGGAUUUGGUCUGAAGAACGCCGAUCUAGAUUGUGAGAACUUUAUAGUACCUCACGACAGGCGCGGUGUCAUUUGCAUGGCUAAUGAUGGCAG